UGCGCUUCUCGUUACCGGUUACGGUGGCUCGAUGGGGGCAAUGCGAGUCGUUUGGUUUCUUUUUGUUCCGGAGUUGUGGACGUGAGGUGCCCGGCGCUGUUGUUCGCAUCCCGCUAACGGCUCCCGACUGAGGAAAAAGAGGAGGAGCUUCACAGGCCAGAGCCAAAACCCCAGGGACGAGGCAGCCGCCUUCCCGCUGGGUUUAGGCUUGAAAAAAAGUUGUCAUGCUGUCUUAUGUACAAAAGUUCCACUGUUUAGGGAAACUGUUAUGUAACAAAAAGAGUGCUGCAGUGUAGUAACAUUUGAUUAAAACCUUACAAGCAAACAGCAAAAUGAGCAAGCGAUCGAGCAGUGACAUUCCUUUAGGAAGGAUGAGUGCAGCAGCGUUCCCAUCUCCAGCUGCUGAGAUGGCAGAAAUGAAUCGAAUUCAGUAUGAAAUUGAGUACACUGAAGGGAUCAACCAGAGAAUGAGAGUUCCAGAAAAACUCAAGGUAGCUCCACCAAAUGCUGAUCUUGAUCAGGGUGUUUCUGAUGGAGGGCUUCCCCAUGCCAGUGUGACAAUGCAGGUGCCAGAGCGGAUUGUAGUAGCAGGCAAUAGUGACGACAUUCCACUUUCCAGACCCGCAGAUCUAGAUGUUCUCCAGUCAACUCCAUUCAAGCCUUUAUCACUGAAAACGCCUCCUCGUGUUAUCUCGCUCAAUGAACGACCGCUAGAUUUCCUGGACCUGGAAAGAGCUCCUGGUCAGACUCCUCAGAAUGAAGAGGUUCACUCAAUUAGAAGGCUGAAAAGAGAACGUUCUAUGAGUGAAAAUGCAACUCGUCAAAAUGGUCAGUUGGUCAGAAAUGAAUCAAUCGUGACACCAUCACCUCAACAGGUUCGUGUCUGCCCUCCCCAAAUGUUCUCUGAAGAUGGAUCUAAUCUUUACUCUGCUCGGGGCAUUUUGUCGCUUAUCCAGACUUCCACCCGUAGGGCUUACCAGCAAGUCUUGGAUGUGCUGGAUGAAAAUCGCAGGCCAGUGUUACGUGGUGGGUCAUCUGCUGUCACCUCCUCUAAUCUUCAUGACAACACCAGAUACGGUCUUUCAAAUGUGGAUACAACAUUUGAGGGAACACCAGAAGAUAUGACAGUUGUGGAUGCCGCUUCAUUAAGACGACAGAUAAUCAAACUUAAUCGCCGUCUACAGCUUCUGGAAGAAGAAAACAAAGAACGUGCUAAAAGAGAAAUGAUCAUGUACUCAAUUACUGUAGCUUUCUGGCUACUAAACAGUUGGCUUUGGUUUCGGCGUUAGAGAUGGCCACCCAACUUUAAAAAAAAUUGACCUUGAGAAAAAUAUAGAGAAUUUGCAAAGUCCUCUGUUUCUGUCUCUGAAUUGUAUGGUGACAUGAUCUGCACACUGGAAAUUCUGCUGCCAAAAACAGCUAUGACAUUACAGUGUUAAAUGGAUGGCUGGAUGAUUGUAUUUAUUUUUUCAGAUUUGUGGUACCAUUCUGUUAUGCUCCUUUGCAUGUCUCAAUGUACAUUUGAAUUAAUUGUUUUGCAAAGGGAAUUGCUUCCAUUUCAACCUAGCAAAGGUAUUCUGCAGACAAUUCUGUUGUGAAGGAGGAAACAAAUGUUGAAUUUGUGGAAUUAACCUGCAAACUGUCAUAAUUUAAAGUAUGAGUUUCUUAUUGUUAUUCCAUUAUUAAAUGCAGCACCUUUAUAGCUAACCUUAUUGCACUUGUUUUCUUUUAGCCAAACUGGGAUGCAGUAGUAUGUCAGAUUAAAAAAAACUCCUAGCACGAGUAUCUCUCUUGUUCAAGCACAUGUAUAUAUUGACUUAACUACAUUCUUUGCUAACAUGUCAGCAGAUUAUCCAGAGGUGUGUUGUAAGAGGUAUUUUAGCUUUAAUUUUGCAAAUGUUUUUUCUAAAAAUACGUUUUUAAGCAAACCUGUCCAUGAAUUAUCUAAAGAUUAUGGAACAAAGUACCAAUGGUAGUGUAUAUAAUAAAACAGUCAACCCAAA